AUGAUCUCGACGUGUUAUCGAACAAGAAGGCAUGUUUUUGCCUUGAGAAAUAUCUACUAUAACAGAAGAUAUUUGAAUUCUCAGAAUAGUGCUUUAGAUGAACCUAAUCAUAUUGAUUCAGAUUUGAAGGAAAAUAGUCACCCGGAAUUCUAUAUCGACGCACGCAGCAAACUCCCUCAAGUGACCGAUGUAGUGAAAGUAAAAAUCACCCAAAAGGAAAUUGAAGGCAAAAUUGUGUACAACUCCUUAGUCGAUUCAUUCGUGGAUCGGACUCGAUUUUUGAAUCGUGUAAAGAAAUAUCAAGUGCUCGACUCAAGGGAAAAACAACAACAGAAAAAUGAACUGCUUGAUAAAGAAGUAGAUUCAAUUAUUGCCUCCUUGAUAAUGAAGAAAUCGUCAGAUGAAAUAAGUGGACAAACUGAAGAAACAAAAGUUGAAGUUGAAGAUUUAGACCAUGAAGUUGGGAAUAGUUUCUCAUUCCCAUAUUUAGCACACACACCAGUCACUCAAAAACUAGCUAAAUUUAAAGCUAAAAGAAAAGCUCAGCUUGAGGAACUACAUCUGUCAGAUGAGUUGAAUUAUGGUACACCCAAUCCAGACAUUCUGGUCAGCAUUAUUCCUUGUGGUGGUUGUGGUGCUAAGCUUCACUGUCAGAGUCCAUCGAUUCCUGGCUAUUUGCCCAGUGAAAUCUUCUCCAGUUUUCAGACUCCUGAUCUACGUGGCCAAAUUUGCCAAAGAUGUCGUUUUCUCCGAGAUCAUGAUGUCGCUCUAAAUGUCAACAUCAGUCCCGAAGAGUAUCCUAAAGUUAUAUCGGUUAUUCGUGACCAGGUAGCCAUGGUUAUUCUUGUUGUCGACCUGCUCGAUUUUCCUUGCAGCAUCUGGCCUGGUUUGCUUGAUAUAAUUGGCACCAAGCGACCUGUAUGUGUAGUCGGUAACAAAGUGGAUCUGAUACCCAAGGACAGUAAGGGCUACCUACAUCACAUUAAAAAAUGUCUGGUAAAUGAACUGGAAAACAGUGGCAUCAAUCGUGCCAACAUUAAACUUGUCUCCCUUAUCAGCGCAACAACCGGUUUUGGUGUUGAGCAACUCAUCACCAAAAUUCAGAAUUCUUGGGGGGCACGGGGUGACGUCUAUCUAUUGGGGUGCACGAACGUUGGGAAAUCUUCACUGUUUAAUGCCCUCAUCAGUUCUGAUUUCUGCAAAACGCAAGCCAGUGAUUUAUUGGAGCGAGCCACAGUUUCCGCUUGGCCAGGAACAACUUUAAAUUUGUUAAAAUUUCCAAUGUUGCGACCGUCGUCUAUCCGACUGUAUGAAAGAACACUUCGUCUAAAAGCAGAAAGCCGAUCUCAUGCUACCGAAGAGAGAAUGAGAAAAGAACAAUUGAAAGAAACGCGCAAUCGUGAAUUUGCUACGUUGAUAGGUCAUAUUGGACGAACUUUUACUGCAAAAACAAAGGAAGAAAGAGAAGCUUUCGAUCCGUUUUCCUUGCGUGCUGUAAUACCUGGUGAUGAAAAAAGGAGUUUUAAUCCUAAAAGUAAAGACUUUCUUGAUAGCAAAUGGUGUUUCGACACGCCGGGAACCAUCAACCCUAGUCAGAUUUUGACAUUGCUUACACUAGAGGAGUUGAUGUGUACACUUCCUAAGAAGCUAAUCAAGCCUAGAACAGUCUUGAUUAAACCUGGAAUGACGUAUUUUUUGGCUGGAUUAGGGAGAAUUGACUACGUGGACGGUCCUCAUUCGCUCCUACUGACUACACUGGCUUCCAGUGAUCUUCCUUUGACAUUGAUUGAUCACCAAGAUGCAGAUCAGAUGUAUGCCGAACUUCUUGGAAGUCCGAUCUUAGCCGUCCCAUUUGGAAGCGAAAAGCGUUUGAAACACUGGCCCGGUCUCUCUGGCAAAGACAUAACCGUUACAGGUGUCGGAUGGAAAGAAAGCGCCGUCGAUAUUGUCUUGUCGUCAGCAGGUUGGGUGGCCGUGACAGGCGAGGAAGGUACAAAAUACAAUCUUAAGGCAUAUACACCUUACGGUAGAGGUAUUCAUGUCCGUACACCUCCUCUUCUUCCUCGAGCAGUGAUGCUGCGAGGCACCCGUUUAAGUUCAAGUCAGGGCUUCCGUAAUGACGGUUUGGUUGUAUAAAAGUAACAUCGUCGCCAUCAAUGGUUUGAGAUUACUGUUUGUGGUUUUUGGCCAGAAAUAUGUUGCCUACUCACUAAGCAAUCUUUUCAAAGCUAUGUAAAUCAACCAGGUAAAUUUUCUUAAAUGAAUAAUAAAAUCUUUGCUAUCAA